GGCAAAUCAGUUGGAUAUUGGCAAAUCUGUUGAAUAUUGGCAAAUCUGUUGGAUAUUUCUAAGUUAGAUUAAUAUUUCUAAGUCGUUAGGAUAUUUCUAAUAUGUGUGAUAAUUUUUUAUUUUUUAUCUCGAUAGAUUUGAUUCGACUGUCCGCCAUUGAAUGUUACAUUAUAAAAUAGUAGGUAAAAGGUAUAGGCACUUUAUACAUACCUUCGGGAGAAAAAAAAAUAUUUAAUGAAACAUUUGCAAUAUUAUAAACUACCGUUUUUCGCAAUUUAUCUUUCAAUGUAUGCAUCACCCCAAAAAGGAAAUACUUUUUAAAUACCUUUCAAGUUUCAUUUUAAUAUCCUAACUUCGUUGUAACCAUCAAAAAACAAGAAACAGUGUCGCGUUAACACUUAUGGUCCGUCAGUUAGCCAGCAUAAACAUCAGUCUGAGACUGGUUUAAUGUAUAUUAGUCCCUUCAUGUGAAAUGUCGGUAUCAGUCUGUGGAGGGUUUGAAGUAUCACAUCCGCAAUUUGAAACUUGGAUAUCAGUAUUUGAAGGGUUUGAGGUAUCACAUCCGUAUAGUGAAAUUGUGAUAUCAGUCUGUGGAGGGUUUGAAGUAUCACAUCCGCAAUUUGAAACUUGGGUAUCAGUAUUUGAUGGGUUUGAGGUAUCACAUCCGUAAUGUGAAAUUGUGAUAUCAGUCUGUGGAGGGUUAAACGCAAUGUUUUUGUUUUUUUGUUUUGUUUCGUUCUUGCUGCUGUAACACACUCUGCACUAUGAUCGUUUUUUAUCAACCCUGUUAAUGACUCGUCAUGACAUGGUGUAUUUUUUGGUUGUUUUUAUUUUUAAGCAUCCGAAGUCUAUCUCAGCUGUCGCAUUAUCUCACGCAUUUAAAAAAAAAAAUUGAGUUCAUGGAGGAGUUUUCCCUCUACUGUUAGGCCUAACCUAUACAUAGUUAAAGAAUCAUUUAAAAAAAAAAAAUAUGAACAGAUGUUUUAUAAAAUUGCAAGAAUAAUAGUAUUGUCUAACCUGUAUCAUGUAACCAAAAAAGGUCGUGUCAUACACUAACGUUUUUUUUUUGUUGGUUUUUUGUUGUUGUUUUUUUAGUGUUGCUGAAAUUCUUCAGCGUGGCAUUUUUUUAUAUUUACACAUUAUUUUUUUUUUUUGUAUUACAAAUACCUAGCAUCUAGAGAAGGUGUCAACGUUACAUUCCAAUAUUCUUUUCUAAUUUUUGUUUUCAUAAUUUGUUCGUAAUAAGAUAUGUGUGUACGUGUAUUAUUGAAGAAGACACUCUGUUACUCUUCGACGGCUAUCUUUGCGCAACAACUUGCCCUGCUACGUGUUUCUAUACAGAGCUAACAUUACAUGAGGCAUUAUGUCAAUAGAAAGCUCAAGAUUUUAUCAAUGAAAGAAAAAAACUAAAAACACACAACAAUGGAAAAAAAAAAUUAAUUAAAUAAAUUGUGCAUUUAUCAAUAUCACAAGCCGGUGGUCUAUCUACCAGAACGCACAGCUGAGUAGGAAGAGGAAGGACAUUAUUUUGUUUUGCUCUAUAUGGUCACGGUCGGAAUUUUCGGCUAACUUCUGCGUUUGUUUUCCUUUUAAAUAAAGAAGUGGGGUGGGGGUGGGAGGGGGGGUCACGACGAGACAAGAAUACCGUCCCGGCCAUGUGCCCCCCCCCCCCCAAACCCUAGGCACGCCACUGACUGCAUGCUGUCCUUAAUUGUUACAUCUCAAUACAUCGAUAGCAAUAGCGAUUGUUUUUUUAUGUCCCUUUACACUGUUUGAAAAUAAAUCAUCCAAGACAACGGUAGCUCAUCUAAACCCUUAAGUAAUUAAUGAUCUAUUUUUAGGUUUAUUAUAUAUUUUUUUUUAUUCUAGUGAUAAGAAAUCUGGCAUGGGAAAGCAAGGAAUCAACAGCGUCAACCAAUCAGAACAUCCCGUGGUAGUAGAUGAAGCAAGGUAAGGGCAACGUGUUUAAAUUUUUUUUUUUUUUAAAUUCAGGUUCGAUGAGGUUAUAAUUAGAACAUCUCGUUGUAGUAGAAAUGACAGGCAAAAAAAAAAAAUCAUUUCACAACAUCGGGUCAUAGGGUAUGGCAGAUAUUUUGAGAUACGCGCAGAUUAGAGAAUCGUACCGACACAGACAUAGUUAAGUCAGGGAAUAGAGACCUGUGAUGCACCCUCCUUGUCCUACCUCAUUUUCUGUUUCGGGUUGAUCCUGAAGUGUCAAAGUGUCCUCGUUUUAUAGCCAUUUUCAUUGUUUCUAUAGUAUAGUAGUUACUAUCCUAGUGUCUCAUUUUUAUUUACUUAGUUUACAUGUUUUAAUAAUUGUAAAGCGCUUAGAGCUUUAUGAUAAGCUCUAUAUAAAAAUGCCUAAAUAAAUAAAUAAAUAAAUAGAGCAAGUUUCCACUGUAGGGGAGACAUCGUGUGCUAGUAGGUAAGACAACGUGCGACAGUAGGUGAGACAACGUGCGACAGUAGGUGAGUCAACGUUUGACAGUAGGUGGGACACUUGUGUUAGUAGGUGGGGCAACUUGUAUUAGUAGGUGAGUCAAUUUGUGUUAGUAGGUGGGUCAUCUUUUUUUUUUGUAGGUGAGUCAGUUUGAGCUAGUAGGUGGGUCAACUUGUGUUAGAAGGUGGGUCAUCUUGCUUUUGUAGGCGGGUCAACUUGUGUUAGUAGGUGUGUUAAUUUGUGUUAGUAGGUGGAUCAACUUGUGGUAGUAGGUGGGCUAACUUUAGAUAAAUUGUUUCGAUUUUUUUAAAAAUAUAUUCUUUUAUAAAAAAAUAUAGUUAGCAAUUCUUAUUAAAUAUGGUGCUUUCUAAACAAAAAUAAAUAAUAUAAAAUAAAAAUUAUUAAUAAAAAUAAGAAGUGUUAGAAAUCAAGCCUGUGAAAUAUUUUUGAAACCUUAUAUUGUUAUAUAAUUUAUAUGUUAAAAAAAUGGGUCACGUAAAUGUACAUAUCGAGUCUAGCAAUCCUAUCUGCCCUGCAUCCACGUCACGUAACUAUGGGUUCCCUCUUCAUCCGCAGCCUCAGCGUCGUCCACACCCCGGGUAAAAACGGCGGAACCUUCCAGUUGCCCCUGGGCGCCAAACUCAAGGUCCCCGACGCCUGCUUCGGCAAGAAGGACACCGUCUCGUGCCAGGUCGCCGGCCCGAACACGAGGUGGCUGACGUGCCCCCAUCACCUGCCCUCGUUCGAGCACGUCAACAGCGAGAUCUUCACGCUGAGGUCGUCGGCGAGGAGCCUCAAGAAGCACCUGGUCAUCCUGAUACCCUUCCGGCCGGUGAGGCACGAGUUCGAAGAGAUCAACGUCAAGGGCAAGUGGACGGACGAGGCGGAAUGGGUCAACGUUGGAUUUUUAAUAAAGGUAUCGUAUGUGCAGCCGCCAGCGUUGUAUCUUAAAAAAGUCAUGUCUUUCUACGACAAACCUUCAGCGCACAUCCUGUACCUACAAUAUCCCUCACACGGCUUGAACGCAGUCCUUCAUUUAUUAGCGUCGUCAAUUCUAGGGCAUGAUUGCACCAUGAUCAACUUAAUUCUUUAUUAACGUUAUCCCUCUUAAUUCGUUACUCUAUUUAUGUCAGUGUUGCUUUCAGAAUUUUUCCCCCGGGGGGGGUGGGGCACUUCAGAUUUUUCGGGGGGGCAGUGCGAACAGUUCCAGUUAAUUCAUUUUUGGACAUAUUUUUGCUUCCGGGAGGGGGGCACUGCCCCACCGGAGAUAUAGCUGAAGGAAACCCUGAACUAUGUUGAUUUUUAAAAAAAUUAAUGUCGUAUCGUCAUGUGAUUAGGACUCCUCCAAUCAGAGUUGCUCAGAUCCUACUGAUUAAUCUAGAAAGCGUGUCUCACCCUCAUUUGACUCGUGGCCCGUAUUCAAACUUUGAUGUACUCCUUAUUCCUCUACCUGUCAUGAAUACGUUACAAGAAACUACAGAAGGCCACACCACCAAAAAAAAAAAUACAAAAGGGAAAAAAAAAAAAAAAAAAAAAAAAAAAAAAAAAAAAAAAAAAAAAAAAAAACUACAAAAGACCGCUCCACAUAAAAAGCUACAAAAGGCCGCACCACAUAAAAAACUACAAAAGGCCGCACCACAUAAAAAGCUACAAAAGGCCGCACCACAUAAAAAGCUACAAAAGGCCGCACCACAUAAAAACUACAAAAGGCCGCACCACAUAAAAAACUACAAAAGACCGCUCCACAUAGAAUACUACAAAAGACCGCACCACAUAAAAACUACAAAAGGCCGCACCACAUAAAAACGGCAACGGAACGGCAAAUUUUAAAAAUUUUUAAUCGCUUAACCGGGCUUGUCCUUUUUGAGCCAGGAGCUGGACGAGGCCCCGUGUGUUGAGCUGGACGUCGACCGCCUGGGCACGUUCCUAGUCACGUCCACCCCGAAGACAGAGACGUUCGCCGUAAGCAAACAAGGGUGCCUCUACCAGGCGAGGCUGUCCAAACACCUGAGCGUUCGAUUCCCGAAGAAGUCAAUAGAUCAAGAUAUUGAGUGUGCUCUACAGGUAACUUUGGCUCCAUGGAUUUAGUUGAUAACUGUUAUAUAUAGUUUUACAUUUUUUUUUUAAAAAUGUGUGGGUUACGUUAAGACUGAUUUUUGUAUUUGAUGUUUAAAACAAGUAGAUUAUUGUAUAAAAGAACUUGGAGUUGAUAGGCACUACAAAGGUGAACGCUAAACGAAGGAGAUAAUGAAGCUACGCCCCCUUUUUGCAGUCACAAAUAUGUAAAGCAGCAAUAAGGCUAACUUUUCCCCAUAGAUUUCAUCAUUUAAAAAGAUAUAAUCGUGGGCAAUGUAGGCGCCUACUUUUCAUAUCUCCCUUCAUCAUCAUCAUCAUCGGUGGCGCCACAGGCCAUGUAGGGCCCUGGCCUGCUCCACCACACUUUUGCAUUUUGAUCGAUCUAUUGCAAUCCGCCUCCAUAUCUCCCUUCAUCAUCAUCAUUGGUGGCGCCACAGCCCAUGUAGGGCCCUGGCCUGCUCCACCACAUUUUUGCAUUUUGGUCCAUCUAUAGCUCUCCAUAUCUCCCUUCAUCAUUCCAAUUACCACAAAUACUUGAUUCAAAGCGAAUCUAAUAAAUGUGUGGAUUCAUCUAUUGGGCUUAUAACCCACAAACAUUAGGAUGUAACAAUUUAUCAUAUAGAAUGUCAAUGUCACAAGUUAUGAUGACAAGUCGUUGCGUCUCUCCCAGAUUCACCCUGUUGGUCCGGAGAAGAUCAAACUGGCCCGAGAUCUCUGCCCCCAAGAGACGGCCGAGCUGGUCGCUAUCACAGAGUUCACUGACGUCAUAGCGACGGCGCAGUGCACCUUCCGGCAUCCCGUGACCGUGAAGCUGCCUCUUCCGGUCGGGAUGGAAGUAACCGUUGAAGGGGGAGGUCAGUCUAGCUUGAUAUGUUUACAAAACAUAGAAGGCGAACUGGACGGGUUUAAGACGAGACGCAAUGCAAUGAAACAUUUAUGCAAAAUAUAGAAGCCGAACUGGACCGGUUUAAGACGAGAAACAAUGCAAUAAAACAUAUUUUCUCAACGUGGGAAGAUAUUUUAGGUUUGGCUAGGAAAUGGAACAAAAGAACAUAAAGAUAUAAGCUAGAACGCUUGAUAUAAGCGUUAAUAUAUACAUUUUAAAAAAAAAUCUUUAAAAAUUAUUGUAUAUAAUAAGGCACAUGUUUAUGUAUUUAGAUUUUCAGUUAUCUUUGCAAAUUUAAAAGAAAAUUGAAAGGGAUGUAACACUACAUAAAUCAUUCUUCGAGGUGCGGACUAUUCAAAAGAUUGGGAACCACUCCACUAAAUUCUAGCACAGGUUACAUCAACCUAUACUUUCUAGACAAUCACCUACAGACACAUGACAUGCUUGUGAAAUACAAAAAAUUUUACAUUUAAAUCUACCUCUGUCUUAAAAAUAUAUUGAAAACAAAAACCUCAUCAAAACUAUGAAACAGCUGGUACAACCAAUUCUAAUACAGAAAUUUAAAAAAGGAAAAAAACAACACACAGUGAUAUUUGCAGCAGGCAGGUAACAAAGGAUUUUUUUUCCCUUCUAUUAUUAGUUUUUUGUUUGUUUUUGUUUUGGUCGGUCUAAGUAAAUGUAGAGCCAUAAAGAGUAAUUCAUUUUAUAAUCUCGUAGGAAAUUAUUUCAACAGCUCUCCUGUGUGAUGUCAUACGUCAAAUAAUUUAAACUCACCUAUCUUGAAGCAUUUGGUCAAAGAAUUAAAGCUAUAGGAUCUUGUUUCUUUUCUUUUUUUCCUUCUAAAUGAGCUGUGCAAAAGAAGCAAAGGCUUCUUACACUAUUUUGUGAUAAUAACUUGUAGACUACCUAUAGCCUGCUCAACGAAAAGUUGCCGCGAUGAGUGAAUUACCCAUCUAUUAAAUUUACUUCCUAAAACAUGUAUCCAACAAACGAAAUUUUAUAAGAUGAUCAAUUUGUGCCACACUAGUUGUUUUUAAAUUUAGAAAAAAAAAUGUAUGCCUUUAUUUUAAACCCCCCCCCCCCCCCAAAAACAGGCGCUGCUGCCACUAGUGAGGGCCACCAAGAUAUCGCCGUGCUGUACAAAUCGAACUUCGGCUGGGAACUGGUGGAAACCAAUUAUAAAUUUACAAGAACCACCGUCACCUUUGACGUCAGGGAACUAACUAGGUAAAAUUAAUUACCAAAGAAGGAACGAAUGAAAUUAUAUAAAAUAAUAUAAAAAAAUAUGGAAUCUAACUUUUAGCGAAACUUACAGCUUAUAUGUAUAUACAUUUUUUUUAAAUUAAGAUGAUUUAAGCUAAAAGUAACAUUAACACUGAUCGAGUAAGCCGUUUCAUAAUACAUUAUUUCUUAAUUCAUUAUUUAUUUAGUAUGAAACAAGUGUUUCAAAGAGAUAUUGUGCUGGAUGUAUAUAUUAUGAGAUCUAAUGUGAUAUCUGUUACAUUAAAUUGACCCUGUUUGGCAUACGUGGCAUAAAACGAGAGAAAAAAAAACAACCGCCAAUGAUAUUCUUUAAUGAGGACUCAUUGAUUAUUGUCGAAUGUAGCGAAUAUUAAAUGCUAUGUAGGUGACAUCGCGUUUUGAGACAACACGUCUGUUAAAAGUGUUGCCCGUCUCACGGACUCCGUCUUCCCUUCAUUGUUGCUCACCCCAGGUACUGUGUCGUUCAGUGCCUCCCCGGCAGACAGAAGAAAAUGAAGGACGCCGUCACGGCGGUGGAAGGCAGACACAACAAGGAAAGGGGAGAGGUGUGCCUGUUCCUGUCCAUGAAGAGAAAGUCCUGGUUCGCCCUGGUGGAGGUCGUGCCGGAUCGUCAGCUGGACACGAAAAUAAGCGACAGGAAGGCUCAGGGAUUCACGGUAAUUCCCCCCCCCCCCCUUUUUCCAAGUUUUUUUUCAGCUGGACACGAAAAUAAGCGACAGGAAGGCUCAGGGAUUCCCGGUAAUUCCCCCCCCCCCCUUUUUCCAAUUUUUUUUUUCGAUCUUAACUUUCAAAUAUUAGACUUAUAGUCUAGACACUCUACUUGUCUUUGUCUGGCCCACCACAUCACAGGCCAGGUGGAAUUUCAGAAUGCCACCAUUCUAGUCUUCUUUGCACUUUCCCUUGGCCAGAAUCCCUGUUGGUAGGCGUUGUCACAUACUAAUAAAAGGAUGAGACUGAAGGGACUGUCCAACCCGGUUGUCAUUUUUUCCCCUAUACAUCAAGGGGUGUCCUUUUUGCUCUACUGCAUCGUUAUUUGUUUGGGGAGUGGGCGCCAAAAUCUUGACCCUCCUCCAAGGAAGCACUAACCCUAGUAACGCCACUGUGCCGCGUGAAGAGAAUUUUGCGCAAAUCCACCAGUGUUUGUAGAAGAGUUUUUCCAAGGUUUGUACUAAAAAUCGCUCAAGUUUCUUUUAAAGGGACCUCCGCCAAAUCUUCCACCGCCAUCAUUCUCUGCUGUAGCCUUCAAAAAUAAAAAAAAAAAUUAAAAAAUAGCACUGCUGCUUUAAACGCGCCAAGUGUCUGGCAAAUUUUUCCUUCAGCGAAGAACAAAAUGACGUUUCUUAGGAUUAUUGUUGCGGCAAUGGCUUAUAAAGUAAUGCAUUUAAAAGUACAAAAAUCAAUCCAGUAUAAAUCAGAUAUUGAACAGAUAGGGAGAUGAUAUGCAUACAAAAAAAAAAAAAAACGUACAUUUGAAAUAAAUGGUACCAUCAAAAUUCCGUUCUCUAGAAAUAAUACAUUUAAUUGAAGCUUUCCCUUCCUAUGAGUAAAUGUUAUGUCUUUACGAAAAAAAUCGUUAAAAAUAGAAUAAAAUAUUGUGUUUAGUUCACAAGUUCACCAAACAAAACUGCCCCCCCCCCCAACCCAAACCCAACCACGUUGCAUAUUUCUGAUGUCUUCUCCGCAGUAUCUACCAAAGAAACAGGCGCCUGUACCGACCAACCAGCCUGCCCGGUUUUCCAGCCGGCGGAUGCCACCCAGCAGGAAGAAUCCAGUGGCCCAGAGGGAGGACAGCCUGGAGCUAUGUGAAGGAUCCACUUGGCUUGUGGAUGUGGACGGCGACGUCAAGAUCAGCGUGACCUCUGACCUGAGGGAAAACAACCAACUGAGGUACUUCUCGAGACUGGGCGAGUCCUUUAGGUGAGUUGAAGUAAUAAGUCAUUUAGGUGAGUUGAAGUAAUAAGUCAUUUAGGUGAGUUGAAGUGUUAAGUCUUUUAGGUGAGUUGAAGUGAUAAGUCUUUUAGGUGAGUUGAAGUGUUAAGUCUUUUAGGUGAGUUGAAGUGAUAAGUCUUUUAGGUGAGUUGAAGUAAUACGUCAUUUAGGUGAGUUGAAGUGAUAAGUCUUUUAGGUGAGUUGAAUUAAUAAGCUAUUUAGGUAAGUUGAAGUAAUACGUUAUUUUGGUGAGUUGAAAAAAAAUGCUUAUUUAGGUGAGUUGAAGGAAUAAGUCAUUUAGUGGGAUUGAAGGUAUGAGUCACUUUGGUAAGAUGAAGCAAUAGGUCAUUUAACUGAGUUGAAAGAAUAAGUCAUAUAAAUAAGUCGAAGGAAAAAGUAAUUUUGGGGAGUUAAAGGAAUUAAGCCAUUUAAAUGAGUUGCAGAAAUAAGUCAUUUAAGGGACUAUGACUAGAAGGAAAAAGACUUUUGAUUUUUUGUUUGUGAGUAAAUUUAAUUUAUUACUAUACUAAUUAAUACUAUCACGUUUGAUCAGGGGCGUCAUUUCAGAAUAUUUUUUUUCAUGGGGUGGGGCAAAAAAAAAACUUUGCAGGCUUGUUGAGAUGUUUAUUUCUGGAUCCGCCACCGUGCAUAGCAAUAUGAAAUAAGAAUUGCCCGAUUGUAAUUUCUAAUUUUGAUUUUAAAUGAAAGGAUGUUCCUUCUUUUUCCUUUUCCUUAUUUAUUUUCUGAUAAAUUUCAUUUUCUGUUGUUCUAGAUGCUAAUGCCAAGUGUGUCCUAGGUGCUGAUACCAAAGUGGGGGGAAAUCUUAAAAAUUCGUGAAAAGAUUGGGGUGUUGGGGGGGGGCAAUGCUUCUUCCAACCUACCCAAAUGACGUCCCUGAGUUGACUUUGUGUUUUACCAUGUAGAUUAACCUACGCUGUUUAAUUUACACAAAUUGGUUUGAAUGCCAUUAAACAUUUAUUUUUUUUAGUGAACAGUUACUUAACUUAAACAUUCAGCACACUAACCAAAUUUGUGUAUAUUUUGUUUCCUUACUUGGCGAGCAUAUUUUAGAUAUCCACUUGUUUGAAUAUAAAACAGAACGAUAUGAAACAUUUUCGAAUAUAAAAGAACAGUUGGUAGAUAAUAUAUGUAUACAUAAUCCAUUUUUUCGUUUAUAUAUAUAUAUAUAUAUAUAUAUAUAUAUAUAUAUAUAUAUAUAUAUAUAUAUAUAUAUAUAUAUAUAUAUUUUUUUUUUCUCAAACAGAUUUUUUUUUUUUUAGAACAGUUGGUAUAUAAUAUAUGUAUACAUAAUACAUUUUUUCGUUUAUAUAUAUAUAUAUAUAUAUAUAUAUAUAUAUAUAUAUAUAUAUUUAUUUAUGUAUACAUGUAUAUUUGUUCUUUCGCAAACAGAACUUUCUUUUUUGAGCCGUUGGAUGUCGACCCCCGAACCCUGGAUGUCGUGGUCAACCUGAUUCCGGUCGGGGUUCGCGAUGAGCAGCUGAGGAACAGGAUGACGUUCAGCUUCGAGAUGGAGAUUGAGACAUCCCUGGUGGUGGAGUACCUGGUGCAGGAGAGCGUCCCCGAGGAGAAGAAGCCAGAGCCCAAGAAGGUAAGAGGAUGCGUGUGAUGUGGUGCGGGUAUGAAGAUGUUUGGUGUGGGGCUGGUAUGGGUAUCUUUGAUGUGGUGCGGGUAUGAGGAUGUCUGAUGUGGUGCGGGUAUGAAGAUGUCUGAUGUGGUGCAAGUAUGAGGAUGCUUGAUGCGUCUUUUGCAUGACGAUAUCUGAUUUGAUGCACGCAUGAUGAUGUUUCAUUUGUACCACUUUGUAGGUUUCCGGAGAGUUAAUAUGUCUCUGUUUAUGGGUAGGUUUUUAAAACACAAAGUCACCACAUACAUUUAAAGAAGAGGACUUUUUGAAAGGAGACUAUUUUCUUAAAAUUUAUUUUGAAAAUUUAUUAUUUUUUUUAACAUUUUUCACCGUCAAAUUUGAAUUUUACCAUAUAAAGUUAGUACUUAUUCAAUUUUUGUUUAAAAAAAAAAUUGCUAUGGAUUUCAAAACAACGUUUCCAGACACAAAACAAAAAUAAAAAAACAACAAAAAAAAAAAAACAUCCAGAAAAACAAACAUAUACAUUUUGUUUAAUAUUUCUUUACUUUGAAGUACACAUUUCCGAGUUUGUGAAAUUAGCAUGCCACAUAUUCUAUCAUGUGAAUGGCCAAUCUUUAGUCGCAUAGUUGUGUGUUAUAAUUUUUCGAGGUAUAUUUCAAUGUGAUGUUAUACACAAACAGCUUAGGAUUUUUUCUUUUUUAAAAAAAAGGAUCUAAAAUGACAGCCAAUGUUUACAAUGAAGACACAAUGUAGGGUGAAGGGCAGAUGUUGACAAUGUUUAUCAAAUCUUGAUGAUGCUAUAUUUGGUUAAGAUCUAUUUUAAAAAAAAAAUGAUUUCAGAUUAAGAUGUAUGUUUGUUAUAUUUUUUUAUUUUCCCCCAGGAAGUAACGUUUGAAUUAGAACCGGAAGUACCCAAAGAAGAGGUUGUACUUCCGCCGCCACCAUCUCCGAAAUACAGGGAAAUCCCGGCCAACGUCAUGAAGAGGCUGACGCACACAAGUCGACCAAUCAGAGUCCGUAAGUUUUAUCACGUGACUGGGUCUAAACACUCAAGGAUGAAACUAGAAUCUGUUGAGAGUUGCUUUAUUGAUUUUCUUUUAAAGUUGCAAUUUUUUUUUUUUUAGAAUGAUAACUUUAAUUCCUUAUUCGUUAUUACUUUCUUCUCUUGCCUUAAGUUACUUUUUUUAAAAUAAAAAUAUUUGCACUUGUAGAUGUUGAUUACAUUAACAUUAUAUAGUUCUAACUUCUAAAACACAUUAUCUCUAGGCAAUUUUUUUUCUCUAUCAUUUCACUUCUGCUCAUAAUGUUAUACUUACACGAUUAACAUUGGUGAUAUUUUUGCUUUUAAUCCACAAAUUCGUUAUGACUUUGGGAUUGCACGCUAAAUGAUAUAUUAAAUUUAGAUUUUGUUUUAGUGUCAUUGUUACCCCUUUUCAGUGGCGUGUGAAGGGGGUGAGGAGGGGGGUGGUCUCUCCCCUCCCCCCACCCUCGUUAGGCACUUUUUUCUUGAUAUGGAGAAGGGCGCCACUUUUUGGCCAACAGCCAAGUUUAUUUCGUGCCGAAUUCCUGUCUCACCCAGUGUGGCACUGACUGUGAGCUGCGCCACACUCCCUUUAAAAAUCCACCAAACCAGUAACUAGAUUAUGGUUAAACAAUCCUAUAGUCCCUUAAGAGAGAUCUCUGUUUCAGGUAACACGCUCUCAGCAUGCGGGUUUCUUUUAAUCCUAUAGUCCUUUAAGAGGAAUCUCUGUUUCAGGUAACACGCUCUCAGCAUGCGGGUUUCUUUUAAUCCUAUAGUCCCUUAAGAGGAAUCUCUGUUUCAGGUAACACGCUCUCAGCAUGCGGGUUUCUUUUAAUCCUAUAGUCCUUUAAGAGUAUCUCUGUUUCAGGUAACACGCUCUCAGCAUGCGGGUUUCUUUUAAUCCUAUAGUCCUUUAAGAGAAAUCUCUGUUUCAGGUAACACGCUCUCAGCAUGCGGGUUUCUUUUCAAUUAAAAUAGUUGUUAGUAAAUAUAUUAUAGAAAUGGAUGUUCUCGCAAUGACGAACAUAAAGAUGCAAAAGUAAAUAUAGGAUAAGACAAGAUGAGGUUCAUUGAUUAAUCCAAGCAAACGAAAAUGUUUUUCAUUACAUUAUACAUAAUGAUCGUAUUCGACGCAUUCAUAAAGGCAUGCUUUAAGCCACUCAGCUUUGCAACUCAGCUUAUUUUACACUUUUAGCCAUUAAAACACGAAGAAUCAGCCAUCAUAUUAAAACGCGUGUUUAAAAUGAAGUCCUUUAAUGAUACAGAAUGUCUUAAUGAAGGAUCAUUUCUAUUUGCUAACCACUGUUACUUUUGUUAAACCAAGGCUAUGAAUAGAAUUUAAUGAAUUAUAUUGGACUUAUUAAGUUACGUGUACAUAUAUAUAUAAUGUGUAAUAUAUAUAUAUAAUGUGUAACACAUAUAUAUAUAAUCUUACAAAGCGUGUUUUUGUAAUUGAUAAUUUUUUUUUUACAAGUGAUUUUCUUGACGUAUAGUUAAUCUUGAAAUUGAAUGCAGUAAAAAGAUAUGAGUAGCGUUGAUUGGCACCGAGAUUUUCAUCUCGCCUAAUCUACAUAAUAUCAUAUUUAUUUAUACUAGAGAAACUCCACUUAUGGCAAGGUAUGUUGUACCUCUCAUUGUCUCACAAUUGUAAAAACCUCACUAAAAUAAUUAAGCUAUCAUUGCAAGAUUUGAAAAAUUAAGCGAACACGUAUAUUAUAUGAUUAAAAAAUAAAUAAAAAUGAAAGUAUCAUUUUGUGAAAAAAUAAAAUAUAUUGAAACAAAAUUAUUGGUAAAAAUAACGUUGAGAUUUAUUUUUUUUAAAAUUACAAUUUUGAAUAUGUUAAAUUUUGUUUAUUAACGACUGUUGUCAGUAAUUAAGGUUAUCUUCUAUGCUACCUAGCGAGUAAGUCACUCAUCUGUGAAGAGAGCGAGCUCGAUAAGAAAACAUCUACAACAAAAAAUGACAGGUUUUAGUGGAGCUGGAUUUACUUAGAAAUUUUAGAUAUUGUUUUUAAAAGUUACUACACCAUCACCAGUGAUAGCGAUUAGAUAGCUCCGUAUUUGUGUGUCUGUGAGUUAAAAAAAAAAAUAUCUGUAUGUGUCUGUUCAUGUGUGAAAUGUCUUGGUAUGAAAUACGUGUGUCUGAAAUCAUUGCUUGUCUCUCUGUGUGGGGAAAUCCGUCUGUGUCUGUGUUAGCCCUUGUGUAGUGUUUUUUUUUUUUCCUCGGGGAGUCGAAACACAUUUCUAGCAAUAUUAUAGUCACUUUAAUUUCUGUGGUUAUCACACGCACAUAUUUUCUAGACGUGAUUCACAUAUCGAACAAAAAAGGACAAUUCGUAGAAAGUAAACAGAUAAACUGUAGAUCAACGUUUCCCCCAAAUGGCUGGUCCGUGGGCCGGCACAUGCCCACGGAAAUUACGCUGCCGGUCUGCACAAAAAGAAAAUAUAACGAAUAAAUCUGGCACAGGUCUAUGGGUUUUUUUUUUUAGAAGCCUGUCCACUGGUCCGCGAAAGUUAAAACUUUGGGAGCGACUUGCUGUAUAUUAUUUGACUAGGUCCGGAGAUUGUUUAACAACAGUUUGACGUCGUUCAAACAUGAUAUUUAUUUUUUUCGAACAAGCCAUAAAUGAUGAAUCAUCAUUCCUUGAGGUCUCUGACGUCUUAAAUAGCUGAGACUUGGUUCAACCCCAUGUGAAAGAAAUCUUCACAACACGGUAGUUUUUAAGCUUGAGUGGUGACACCAAACAAUAAAACACACGUUUCGCUUGAAUGACUUCUUCCCGCAACGGCAAUAAUCAUUUUAAGAAAAAAAAAAAAAAAAAACCACACACCGGGAAAAAAAAAAAAUCUUGGUUCAACCCCAUAUGAAAGAAAUCUCCACAACACGGUAGUUUUUAAGCUUGAGUGGUGACACCAAACAAAAAAACACACGUUUCGCUUGAAUGACUUCUCCCCGCAACGGCAAUAAUCAUUUUAAGAAAAAAAAAAAAAAAAACCACACACAGGGAAAUAAGACAAUGUGCUUGAGAAGUCGUUCAGCCACGGCAGCCUGUUAUACUGCUUACUUUAAGCUUCAACAUGUUCUGACUUUAGUUUGAGAGGUACAAUCUUUUUGCCGAUAAAGGGAUUGGAGUUAAAUGCAGUGUAGUAAAAAAAUAUAUAUAUAAAUUCUUUCUUUCUUUUUUUUUUCUGUUCAUAGUAAUUUUGAAAAAUUAAAUUCAUAUGGGGAUGUAAUAAAGUAGAUAAGUUAAAACUAAAUUUAUUUGGACUUUUUAAAAAUAUGCAUCGAACAAUUGUAUCAUGACUUCUAAAUAACAUUAUUUGAAUGGGGAUAAAAGAUCAGAGGAUUGCAUGGGAUUUAAUAAAGUAAACAUUUCACUGUUGGUCCUCUCAUUAUCAUCUUGGUCCUCUCCUUAUCAUGCUGGUUGUCUCCUUACCAUGUUGGUCCUCUCCUUAUCAUGCUGAUCCUCUCAAUUAGCAUGUCGGUCCUCUGCCUUAUCAUGUUGACAAAAUGGCUGGUCUUCCUAAUAAAAUCUCUCCUAUUCAACGCCAGAGACGCCCCGGGUGCCCAUCUACCAGAGACCCUUGCCCACUCGGUCCAUUCCCGGUUGGUACAGAACUAUUGAUGGUCGCUCUUGUUUUGUACCCAUUUGGAUGUAUUUUUAUUUGUACCGGUAUUGCAUUACUGAUCGUACCUCUUGUUUUGUGUUCGUGUUGGCAUUACUUCGCUGAUGGUUCAUCCUAUUUGCAGCCACCUUUAUAUAUAUCAUUCGUAUCAAUUUUAUUUUACUGAACGAUUUCCUUGUUCUUUUGUUGUUGUUUUUUCCCCAUGGUUUCCCCAUCUGUAUGUUGUGCGUGCUCGGCAUUAUUUUAACAUAUAGUCUCCUUGUUCUGACUAGCAGGCCCACACGUCAUUCUGACUAUCAGGCCCACACGUCAUUCUGACUAGCAGGCCCACACGUCAUUCUGACAAGCAGGCCCACACGUCAUUCGGACCAACAGGCCCACACGUCAUUCUGACAAGCAGGCCCACACGUCAUUCCGCCUAACAGGCCCACACGUCAUUCCGCCUAACAGGCCCACCAGUCACACGUGUUGCUGUACACCGCUUCAAUAUUGAAGAUUCCACUGAAUAUCCCUAUAAAAAAAAACCCAUAUGUUUGUUUCUGUGUUUAGUCAAACUAGCGCUAAGUUGUCUAUCAACACCAAUGGUCCUUCGUGUAUGUGAUUAUGUAGUCUGUCAUCUUAUACUCGUAUGAUAAUGUUUAUAAUUUUCAAUAUCAUACUGCUAUGGCCGUGAGGUUGGGAAGGGAACCUCAAUAUAAUAAAAAAUAACCAUUUUUUUUUUUGGUUUUUUUUGCUGGCAUAGAAGCUCUCAUCGUUUGUGACAUUACAUGCCGAAUUCGUUCAUUUCAUAAUUGUACAUUGACUGUUGUAAUUUAUUUUAAUUAACAAAGAAGACGGAAAAAAAAGUACUUUGCCUAUUGUAAGUCAAGGCUCUGGCUUUUGACCGAUACAUAUCACAUUUUUUGUGCUGUUGUGUGUGUGUAAAUGCUUGGGUCACCCCCUCCGCAUUAAUUUUUUUCCUUAAACAACAGUGUUUUUUUUUUCUUUUAUAGCUAAAAAGAUAAACAUUUGUUUUCUCCAUUAUUCGCUAAUUUCGUCAUAACUAAUCAUUCCCCUCAAGAUCUUAAAUGAGUUUUAAAAGUAAAAAACAAAAUUAAAAAAAAAAAAUAUUAAAAAGAACACACAAAAAAAACUAUCAAAUGUAUUUUAAAAAUUAUUGACAGACAACUGAGUACACCAGUUGUAAUUUUUUUACAUGGGAAGUAAGCAGGUAAACCAUGAUUUGGCGAUUUUCAAUUUUGUUGUUGCUUCCCUUGACUAACUCGCGCAUUUCCGAUUCUGUUUAAAAUUCCUGCAAUUCUAAAUUUUUAGCCAAGGCUUAAAGCUCGCGUUGCCUCAGAGAUUUUUAUAACUUUGUUUUGAAGUAAUUAAUUGAUUUUAUCUUUCAGAAUAUUGAGGUGAAUCAAAAACCGAUUGCAUUUUUUUUUUUGCCAUUCUAUAGAUAUAUAUUCUUGUCACUAAUUUAAUCUUUUAAAAUUAAAAUAAUAAUACUAAUAAUACUACUAAUAAUAAUAAUAAUAAUAAUAAUAAUAAUAAUAAUAGUAAUAAUAAUAUUAAUAAUACUUCUAUUAGUUUCAUUACUUUCUGUUCAAUUAUAUCGUAUGUAAAUUUUUGAAUUAAUUAAACAAAUUAACGUUAUUAUUCUGUCUAAUCCCGUUAAGCUUUUCAGAAAAAAAAAAUCCCUAUAAAACAUUUAUACGUAAAAUUAAAUGCUUUACAUUGCCGGAAGUAAUUCGAGUAUAUAUAUAUUACAUAAACGUGUGUAAAUAUUUUGUUUAUAUCAGUACUUAAAAAAAAAUAGGAAUAUUUAUUUUAAUGAAUUAUAAUAAGUAUAUAGCUUAGAAUUGAUUUGUAACUGUUGCGGGUAGGUAAAAUUUGGACGCGUUGAAACUUACUGCACUAAGUUAUUCUUUUAAAAUUGUUCAUUUGCUUAAAAAAGCACAUUACGUUAUAGUUAUAGAAACCGUUAUAUUAUUAACAAAAAAUGACACGCAUUUUCCUUUCAGUAAUUGUGCAAAUUUGCUUUUUAUUAUUUUAAUAAAAAAAUAUACAUGAAUCAUAAUAAAUAGUGGCAACACGAAAUACUGUAUAUCUGAAAUUAUGUUAUCUUUAAGUAAAGAAGAAAAAAGAUUAUCUACACGAAAUCAAACUUUUAAAUUGAACAGGCGAAAUAGAAUUGUUUAUUCCAAGAAAUGUCGUUGUGUACAUGCUAGCGGUAAGCAAUCUAGUCUUAGAAGUAGCUCUUAAUAAACACAGUCUUGUUCCGUGUCCUACAGCUGACAGAGAAUCCAGGGCCCUCUCCGGGAAGUCCCUGAUGACGCUGGCCAGGAUUGUGCCCGAGGGCCUGACCCUGGCCGUCCACCUCCAGCUUCCAGACUCUACCAUCACGGGCAUCGGCUUCGACGCCCUCAGCAACAGUCUGAACAUGUCCGACGUGUCUUACAAGAUAUUACUGCACUGGAAGAGAAAGGUUGUGAACUGAUUUCUGUUUACCGUAUAAAUGCAUGUGACAAUGUUAGUUUAUAACUACACCGUAAUUCAAUUAAAGGUUUACAUCCAUCCGUGUGGCACAACAGUACAUGUAUAGGGCUUUGGCAUGCCUCACCACUUCCUUCCACUCAGACCUAAUCGAUGCUUUUCUUUGCCAUGCUUAGAGUCAUAGCUGCUGUAGAUCUUUUCCCCACAUCUUCCAUCCAUCUGAGCCUAGGUCUGCCUUUGCGUUGUUUUCCUCUGUGGUUUUGAUGGUGCACCCUCUUCACUCGUCUGUCAUUUUGGCAUUCCUCCUAAAUGACCAGUCCAGCGUAGACUACCCUUUUUAAAUUAAUGCAUGCUUUUAGCCUGGUAUCCUUAUAUAGACUAUACAAUUCCUGUUUGGUUCGUAUUCUCCAUCCACAUUUAUCCCUUAUUGGACUAUAAAUUUUCCUGAGAACUUUUCUCUCCCGUGUGUUUAAUAGGUUUUCUGCCAUUCAAAAAAAAAUAAAAAAAUAAAAAUUUAAUAUAAGUUAACAAUUUUAAAAAACCCAUACAAUUUUAGAUAAAAUAUGACACCAUUUUAAUCUACUUUCAAGGAAACAAUGCCCGGUUAAGCGCUCACUAUGUUUCGACAAUGUUAAUUAUUGAGACAAUUCAUCACAGAAACCAUAGCAUGCGUUCACUCUAAAUGGCAAGUCAGUUGUUCAUAAUGUUAUCCUUUAAAAAUGAAGAUACCUCACUUGUAAAUUAUCAGAGUUACUCUAAAUUAAGACAAGAUACUCUCCCAACAGAUUUGCCUAUAACGAAAAACAUUGUUUUAAACUUAACCCAGCUCACUCACUGACUCUUCUAAAGUAAAAAAUAUUAUAAGAACGAUCGUGUUGACUGACAGGCUUUGACAGUUGGAUCUGGCCAGGGUGUAUGUCGUAAGUUAGAAAAAUAAAAGGAAGACUACCACACCUGUAGUUUCAUUGUAAUUUAAAUUUAUUUUUUUUUUUUAAAUUUUAAACAAAACUACGAUGUUGUGCUAUGAAAAUGACGUACAACUUGAUGUUUUCACAGUGCAAAGACAAACAGACAGGGGCAAUCACCCAGCUGACGGAUGCUUUGAAGGAGAUGAAUUAUCCCGACAUUGCCGCUGCCAUCCUGGACUGCCACAACCACAACAAGGAGUUCACUCCGGACUGUGUCUCACACUUUGACUUGUAUGGCAGGGUGGCCGCCAUGACGUAACGUGAGGGGAGGGGAGUGAUGGCGGAGUGGGAGUGUGGACGCCAUGACGCCAUGGGAGUGUAGUGAUGGGGAACUGGGAGGGUGUACGCUUUGACGUAAUUGUAAGGGAUGUUUGCAAUGAUGUACUGUGAGGGUGCCGAAGAAGUAACGCGACUAUGUGUAUACGAUGUAAGCAGAGGUGGCCAUGACGUCAUAGGAGGGCGGCAACAAUUUAAAGUGAGGGUGGCGGCCAUGGCGUAACUGGACGGAUGCGAUGUAAUGGGAGGGCAGUCAUGACAUAAUAAUAUGUCCGGUUCCAUGACGUCCAAAGGGAAAGCCGCUAUGACGUAAUGUGAGUGGU